UCUAAUUGCUCAUGUAAGUCGCUCUGGAUAAGAGCGUCUGCUAAAUGACUAAAAUGUAAUGUACUAAAGUCGAUUUAAUCCACACAGCAGACAGACCUACAGUAUGAUUUGGUUUGGUAGGGUGGCAUGUUUGUAACUAUGAAAAAUUAUUUUGUCAAACAGAUUGUGAAACAAAAAGUGUCCAUUUUGAUUCUACAGGGAUGACAAUUAAUAUACAAAUAAUUUGGUUAGGGUGUUGUGGCAGAUUUAGUCAACUUGUCUUCAGGAAAUUUUAUCUAUUUACUUAGUCUGGUCAGUGGAAUGAUUCUCAUUAACAAAGGGCUACAAUAUAGACUAACUACUGUUAUUCCCCACACUUAUUUUAUUAUUCCACUUGACCAGUGUAAUCACAUAUUUGAAAUGUGAUAUGCCUAGUUGUCUUUGAAAAUGAAUUAUAUGAGUCUAUACAUUGUUGCCAUUCAUGGACAGUUUUGAAUGAGAUUCAAAUAAGCAUUGGCUCUUAAAUGCUCCAGGAAUCAAAUAUAAUUUGACAUUUUAGUGUUGUGCACAUGCUAGGCAGAGAUGGUAGGGGGACUCACAACUCAUAAAGGCAUCAUAUUGUCUAUGUCGAGUAAGAUGAUGGCAAGGAUCUUCACCUAGUAGGCAUAAACCAUCUGAAUAUUGAUAUUCAUUCAAUUUUUUUUAAAGGUUGGGUGAUUUUGAGAAAUUAUUGUUAUAACGAGAACAUUUUCAAACAACCAGCACUUGGGAAACAUAGAUCAGGGGUGGCCAACCCUUCUGGAGAGAAAGCAGGAUUUUCUUCCAGCCCUAUUUUAAAGAGGGAGUUCACCUAAAUUACAAAAUGUUUGUGUCCUUACCUUGAAAUCAGUCUAUGGACAACGAGACUGCAAUCUAUGAUUUGGUUAACCACUGCCAUCAACCAUUAAUAUUACAAUUUCCUGUGCAGAGCCUUGGUGCACUGUUUUUAGCAUUUGCCUGUCUCCCGAGCUCAUUUAAUUACUGUCUGAAUAAAGUGUCAAACCAACUAUAAAAGAUGUUAAAAAAAUAUUUGCAUUCUUUAAAUGUGAUCCCUAAAAAAUCUCAAAGCAACAAAGUCGUAGAAUUUUCAGUGUUCAUUUAAUGUUCAAAGCAUCCUGAAUACACUUGACCUGUAAAAAAAAUCCACCCUGGUCAUAGGCCUAAGCCAUGUCAAAAUAUGUAGAAUUGCAGGAAAUGAGCUUUAAACAUUUUCCUGAGGGAGGACCCCCCCAGUCCCCCAUCUAGGGGUUGUGCCAGAUGGCAAUGAAAUUCAAAUAGUAAAUCUCUCUCCAAGCUUUCUUCAAAAGUUGGCUGCACUGUAAUGAGUAGGAUUCUGUGUUUUCACAUGCAAAAGUGAUUACUAUUGAAGAUAGACACUUUCUGCCUUCCCAAUCUGCCUUUUAUGGAAAGGAGAUGUAUAUUUCUGAACGAUAGACCAUGCUGAACGAUGACCGGAGGGGCGCAGAUUACUGUUUGAUUUGAGAAGGGCGCUCCUUCCUCACCACUUUUGCCCUUUCACCUCACAGGCCAUAGACUGGUCCACCUCGGCUCAGCUUAAUCCUUAAUCGAACACUGCCGUUGCAAAGAGCGCUCCGUAAACCACGCCCCAGUGGGCCUAUCUAGGCAUGUUGCUUGUGCACUGGGACACAUUAUAUUACCAAGAUAGGCCUCUCGUUUUACAAUGGGUCUGUGUAGUUAUGCUAAUUUAUUUCAGACCAUGUGUAUUGCAGUUAAUUUUGUCUAUGACUUAAUAAAUAAAAUAUCUUUGAGUAGCAAACAGGGAAACAAGUCCCAGACAGUUCUCAAUAGAACAAUAUCUGCCUAAGGGGGGCGUUGUUUAUCUAGUGACCACCAGUGCUUGGAAUAAAUUAUGCUCGUUCACAAGAGAGACCUGAUGGACAUUAAAUUCACAUUGUAAUUGACCCUUGUCAGAGACACACUUUGUACUUUUCACACAAAAGAACACUGGUGGAAAUUGUGGCGUCUCCUAGACUUGGCCCAAUAACACUUCUUGAUUUAUAACUGGAUGGAAAACUGAUAGUUGGAGGGCUACUAUGUUUUCGAUGUUUCAAUUGAAUGCAAUGCAAAUUACGCUAAAGACAGCCAUUGUGAAUUCAUUGUAUAUUUUGUACAGUCUGAUUUGGACAUUUUGUUCUCUGUUGUAUAGCAAGUAAAAUAAAAGCUUAUGUAAACUGGAAUUGUGAACUGGAAGUGUGACUAAUAGUUUACUAAAGGUAGAGAUCUCUUAAUAUCAGAGAUGUGCCUUAAGAUGUCCGCAUACUUCCCAUUCCGAAACUGUUCGGAAGAGUUCGUGCAUAUAUUAUGAUUACAUUUUGUGACGUUUUUGUUUUGUUUUGGACUUCGGUUUUGUGUGCCCGAAAAGACCCUCACCGAAGUUUGGAGCCGAAGUCUACGCCCCUUUAUCGGUGAUAGGUCAACAAACAACUUCCCGGCGUCACAUUUGACCUCACCUCUCAAGAUGACUCCUCCUCAGUAUGACCUGUCACACACCCUCCCUCCCCACACGCUGACCCGGCUGGCACGGGAGUGGCUAGCAGAGGACACACCGAACUUUGACCCUGCAGGGUUGUGUGUGGGGUCACAUGAGGUUGAGGCCAGGUUGUUGUGUAAAACGCCGUGCAGCGUGCUGGCAGGCAGCCCCUUCUUCACUGCUGUCUUCACUGAGCUCAGCUGCACUGUGGAAUGGGCACACAGAGAGGGGGCACAGCUGGGUCCAGAUGCGGUGGCCCAGACUGCUGUGGUCAGAGGUCCAGCAAGGUGCGUCCUCCUCGGUGAGAGACCGGCCCUCAACUGCCUGGCCCGGGCCUCGGGGAUAGCCACCCGCUGCUCCCAGCUACAGAGCAUCGCCAGGGAGGCAGGCUGGCAUGGCCAUGUGGCUGGCACGCGUAAAACCACCCCUGGGUUCCGGCUGGUGGAGAAGUAUGCCAUGCUGGUGGGCGGCGUAUCCAUGCACAGACAGGACCUGAGUGGUAUGGUGAUGCUGAAAGACAAUCACAAAUGGGCAUCAGGGAGUGUCACACAGGCGGUGAGGGACGCCCGCUCUGUGUGUGGCUUCAGCAGUAAGAUCGAGGUGGAGUGCGGCAGCCGGGAGGAGGGCAGUGAGGCUGCCACGGCAGGAGCUGACAUCGUCAUGCUGGACAACUUUAAGCCACAGGAACUCCAUGCGGCAGCACAGCUUCUGAAGGAGGAGUUCCCGUCUGUGCUGAUCGAGGCCAGUGGAGGGGUGACCCCAGACUCCCUGCCACAGUAUCUCUCCCCCCAUGUGGACAUCAUCUCUCUGGGCUGCAUCACCCAGGGUUGCCCCGUGGUAGACUUCUCCCUCAAGGUUCAAAAGCCUGUUGCCUUUCCAAUCAUGUUACAAUCACAGUAACUGUGGCAAUUCAGGAUUUUUGUUAAAAAUUGAAUUCUCAUCCAGGAGAUGAUCAAGAGAAAAAAUUCUGGAAUGUUACUUGAGAUUUAAAACUAUGACAUUCAGAGAUGA